AUGGCUCUCGUCACGGACGAGAUGAAGACCAAGGUCGAGGUCUACCAUGGCGACGAGAUCUACCGCGAGAAGCUGAACCUCUUACUAGCGGAGAUCGGCCUCCCCAACAGCCUCGUCACAGCGUCCCAGGAGAUCGAGGAGUACGGCUACGACAAGGGCGUGGGGUUGGUGUGGCUCAAGCACCGCAAGAAGGUAGAGCAGAAGGUGGCUGACAACGUGGUCGUCUCCUACGACACCGUCGUGUCGGCCUACGUCGAGCCCCAUCGGAUCCGCAAGCUCCGUGGGGUGAAGGCCAAGGAGUUCCUCGACAUUUGGGUGAAGCUAAGCGAGAUCCACAUUGACGGCGGGGGCGGCUCCCCGGCACCUAUGGCCGAGCUUCAGCCUGUGGCUGGUGGCCGACGCCCGCCCGGCCAGGGGCGAGGGCUGGCCUCACCAGAUCUAGGCAAGGCCGACGCUUGCCUGGGCGAGGGUGAACCCUGA